AUGGCGAGUGGAACGAAGAAGCGACGUAAGUCGCAGUCUCCAUCCCGCGGUACCACUUCAAAGCGCGCACGCGUGGCUUCAUCCGGUACCUCAAAUCGCACCCAACACCACGAACAUGAUUCGCACUCGUCGCGCGCCGGAUCUGUCAGAAACACACAGGCGACUUCGUUACCCACCGGAGAAGACUGGGUGUUCCGCGUAAAAGUCAUCUCGUCUGCAACCGACCUCGGCAAUGAUGUGUUCAAGAACGCAGUGCAAGGGCUCGUAAGGAUCUGCUUCCCUGAGGGUAUCCUCGAUCAACUGGGACCGCAGGUACUGGAGCAACAUAUGCGUGAAGAGAAGGCGCCUGAACAAAACAUCGAGAGGAUGUCGGAGAUCUUCCGAUCCGAGAUGACGAAGCAUAUGGUCCCCAUGCUGGCUGGAACUCUCGACACAGCUGCCAAAGUCGACUCGGUCCUGAGAACUUUGUUGUCUGCCAGCGCAAGAGCUCAUGGAGAUAACCUUGGAGAGAACAUCUUGGGUUACGUCGUUGCUGGUUUAUCCCAUAUGAAGUCGAAGGCUCCGAGACGCUCCACGGAAUGGCUAGCCGGCGGUGGCGCGGCAGCAACGGAAGAAGAAGAGGAGGGCAGUAGUGAUGGAGGUAGCAGCAUGAGCGAUAUCUCUGACAAAGAGCCUACGCCACCGCCAAAGGUGAAGAAACCCAAGAAGCGAGAUAGGAAAUCGCAGCGCACGCGCUCGAAGACACCGGAUGACAUCCUGGAAGACGUUGAAAUGGAUAACGAUCCACCGGCGACAGUACCUAAGCAACACACAUCGAAGAACAAAGACCGAAAGAUUUCUUCUACAUGGCAAUGGCAUGUUGACGCGGCAGAGCUCGCAGACGAAGACGUGGCUGAAGCCUUUCCACGCACGAGCGACCUGUUUGCGUAUCACGCAUUACCGAUUUCUCAACGCAAGCUUGGACCCAGUGCAUCAAAGAAAGAGAUCAGAUGUGAGAUGCAGUCGCUACUCGAUGGCACGCCCCAAGAGGAGUUUGAGAAGUGGGUCGAGAGUCUGCAAAAGCUACUUGAUGGCGACCGCGAUAUGUUAGAGCGACAAGAGGCAGACUCUUCGGGUCACGAGCAGCAGUUGAGUCGCGUAACGCCGGCGCCUAUUGAUACACGGAGACAGACUGGGAAAAUCACGAAGACGCCGUUUGAUGUUCAAGGCCCGUCAAAAGCACACACGGACAAGGUUGAAAAGCCUCACAAGAGAACUGUCGUCAAGAACGAAACCACUGACAGCUCAGACGAGGUAUCGGAUGAACCGGACAAUCAGGAUGUCGAGAGGACUACACUUGCGCUCCGUCACCGAUCGACCGAAGAACACGCCGUUCCCCCACCCGCGCACACAGUACAGACAGCCUUGGUACAAAGUAAUAGAGGCCUUAAGAGUCGUGGAGAUGUCGAUGGAUCUUUUGGUAUGCCUGUGUUGGCCCUGCUGUGGGGAUCGGACAACUUGACCACUGAAGAAUGUGUCAAUGACGGCGCAAAGAUCACAUCUACCAUUAUGAGUCAGCUCGAACGCCGUGUCUCGGCCAAGCGCAUCGCUGUGGGCGGCUUCGGUGGUAUAAACAAGCUUCGCACGCAAGACGAGCUGCGUGAACACAUACUGAGUGCCUUCCCAGCGCCUGGAGAACCUGUAAGGUUUCUGCGAAUCAAGAAAGGAAUUGAAGGCAACCUAGUUCCCUGGGUCGUUGCAGAGCCAUCGGCGUUUCCGGAGUUGAAAGGCAUGCCGUUCGUCUUUGCUCAUAUACUUCCAGCAUCCAUUGGCGCUGUCGACGUCGACUUCAUACAACUGGAGAGUCUUACCGAUACUAGCAGAUACCCGUUUAUAAAACGGCGGGCUCUGCUUGAGCGCAUUCUACGUCGUGUGAUCUUUCCACACAAAGAGAAUUUCCCGGAGUUGAAGUCUACAUCGGUUGUCAAGACAUGGGAACAGAUGACAAACCUGAGCUGGUAG